CUCACUUCGCCUGAAUUUGUCAGCGGGGAGGGGGGGGAACUUGCAGUUUAGCUGGACUACAUUCGAUGCGUCCGACAGGGGGAGAUGGAGUGAGGGAGGGAGAAAGCGAAGUCUUUUGUGCUUCCCAUCCCCCCCACCACAGCAAAGGGGAAAUGUCUCUGCCGAAGCGAGGGAAAAAGAAGAAGCCAGAUCUCAAGAUCAAUGAGGAUGUGUUUAAGCAGCCGGAACCAACACCAGCACCCCCCAGAGAUCUUGACUCCAAGGCCGAAGUGACCAUUGGUGAGAAGAACGUGGUGGUGAAGGCCGAUGAUCUGGAGCAGAUCUCGGAGCUGGGCCGAGGAGCCUAUGGAGUGGUGGACAAGAUGAGGCACGUUCCCACCGGCCUCAUCAUGGCUGUGAAGCGUAUUCGAGCCACGGUGAACUCACAGGAGCAGAAGCGGCUGCUGAUGGACCUGGACAUCUCCAUGAGAACAGUGGACUGUUUGUACACGGUUACCUUUUACGGAGCCCUCUUCAGAGAGGGUGAUGUCUGGAUCUGCAUGGAAUUAUUGGACAUGUCUUUGGACAAAUUCUACGUCAAGGUUACAGACAAGGGAUCCACCAUCCCAGAGGACAUUUUAGGAAAGAUCACUGUUUCGAUUGUCAAAGCCCUGGAACAUCUGCAUAGCCACCUGUCGGUGAUCCACAGAGAUGUCAAGCCUUCCAACGUCCUCAUUAACACUCAAGGUCAGGUGAAGAUGUGCGACUUUGGAAUCAGUGGCUAUUUGGUGGACUCUGUGGCAAAGACCAUGGACGCUGGCUGCAAACCUUACAUGGCGCCGGAGAGGAUAAACCCAGAGCUCAACCAGAAGGGCUACAGUGUCAAGUCAGACAUCUGGAGUUUAGGGAUUACCUUGAUUGAGAUGGCCAUCCUACGCUUCCCGUACGAGUCGUGGGGCACUCCGUUCCAGCAGCUCAAGCAGGUGGUGGACGAGCCGUCCCCCCAGCUCCCACCUGACCGCUUCUCCCCAGAGUUUGUGGACUUCACCUCGAAGUGCCUAAAGAAAAAUUCUAAAGAGAGGCCAGCCUACUCAGAUCUAAUGACUCAUCCCUUUUUCACCCUGCACGACUCCAAAGACACAGACGUGGCCAGCUUCGUUAAGGAAAUUCUGGGCGACUGAACCUCCGACUUCAGCCUUCCGGAACACCCCGCCGCCGCCAACGCCACCGCCACUGCCCUCUCUGCCCUCCCUCGCCACAGGCAGGACGGAUCCACCACAGGCCGAGGAGUUUCAGGAGCCAACAGGAGAAAAAUAAAUAAAUAAAUAAAAAACUACCUUCCCUAAGUGAACACUCAAGCCAAGCACAAGACUCUGCCCCACAACCCCAUCCCCCCACCCUCACCCUCCACCCAGAAAAAGACCCCAGCUGUAACGUAAGGCGUCAGAGAGAGAGAGAGAGAGAGAGAGAAAAAAAAAAAAAGAGAGAGAGAGAGAGAGCGUGUGUGCCUGUAUUACUCACCGAGGACUCUAGCUGUUCAAGCACGUGUCCACUGCCACCUCACCCUCCCGUCUGCAGUGACCUCUACUCUCAAACCAUGAGGAUGGCCCUGCUGCUGCUGCUGGUGUCGCUGGCUCACACGUGGAUGACGUGGGAUAGUGGGCAUCAUACGUCACGAAAACCAACCAGAGAGACUCUCAUAUAUGUAUCUGUCAUGAAACUUGCAUUCUCUUAUGCCAUCUCUUUUUCAUGGCUGGUUGUGCGCGUAUGAAGUACAUGCUCAAACGCAGCGCAUUACUACAUAGUACAAACAAAUAUGGAAUUAUGCAAGGUUACAAAUGUUUAGGAUUGACCGAAUUUUCUGCUUCUUUAAAUGCCCUGAUCCCCCCCCCCCCACCAGCCCCCCACUCAUCCAGACACACGUGCACACACACGCACACACGCACCCAUCCACCACUCUUUUAUUAAGUGAGAAGGGACAGAGGUCUUUUUCAGAGAGAGCUAUAUAUAUAUAUAUAUAUAUAUUAGUUUGUGAUUCCUAGAUGUCCUGAUAGUUGCUGGCUUCUGUUGGGUGACACAGCUACAGAAACAUUGUCAGUGGAUAUUACUGCCCCCCUCUACCCCCACCCAAUCCCACAAACACAACAGCCCCGCCCUCUUCCCCUCCCAGUGCUGUAGGGCUCCCCUCCCCUCUCCACCCCACCUGCAGGGGGAACAGGAAGGGGAUUAGGCUAGCGUCAGACAUUCAGCUCCUCUUCAGUCCUCUCUGAGCACACACACAAAAAAUUACAUCACACUUCUCUAUGCUGGACAGUAAGGGACUGGAAAAUGUGUUGUUGUUAUUGUUGUUAUUAUUAUUAUUAUUAUACAGAUUAUACUUCUUCUCAUGACAGUGUUAUGCAGUUAAUGUAUUUAUGAGAACUGCUGUUUGGCCAUUUCUCCUGUUUUUGAUUCUGUUUUUGUUUUUUUGUGCCGAGUGCAUUAAUGAAUUUGAAGCCCUUAAGAGACGCACCCGACGCCUUACCUGUGUGCUUGAGAUCGAUUGCUGUGUGAAUGAUGUAAAUACUAUUGAACUUUUUAAACGGAGAAAACAUUGCACUGUGGAGCGAUGCAGGCACUGACCUGCCAUAUUACUCUGCUUCUGGUCCUCUGUCCUGUGUAUUCGCAGUGUGAUGCAUGCAUGCAUGCACACCCGCACACACACACACACACACACUCACACUCACAGCACACACUCACAGCACACACUAACGACCCCAGUCAGUCCCUUCUUUCCCCGAUGCUUAUGUGCUGUGGCCAUCUCUCAGGUUUCAGUGCCCUACUUUGUACGGAGAUUGUUUCCAGAGCCCAUAUCCCAGGAUGCUUUGCAGCACGAGAGACACUCUCUGUUCAAUCAAUGGUUUUAGUCCUGAAGAGAGGUACCUGCCACCUCUUCAACACCCACCUGCAAACAUUUGCAAACACACACACCACCAUGCACACACCUCCCCUACUCCCUGCUAAAUGUUUUCAUCUGGGGGCUUGAGUGUGGCACCCCCCCUCCCCCAAUACCCUGUCAGAGGUCUGGUUGAUGUAGUCAUGGCUGCGAAGCAGGGUCUCUUAAUGUUCUAUACUUCAGUUGACCACAUCUCUUGUCAGUGGCUUCUGUGGUGAUGAUGCUUGUGAUCGAGAAGAGAAGGUCAAAAUGCCGUCACAAAGGAGCUGCUGUGAUUGUCAAGCCCGUCUGGAGAGGCCUCUCUCGGGCUGUAGCACAGAGCACAGGGCUGGUCACAGCGAGUGCUGGAUGAGCUUCUCUACCUCGUACUUUUUCAACUCCGUGAGCCGUCUCCAAUCAGGGGAGUGCAGCGUUGACAAAUUUGAGCAGUGGGAAGAUGACCAGCUAAAAUAAAGGCUUUAUUCUGCAAUAAAGACUGGUUAGCAAUUAAAGACUUAUUGGCAAAGUGAUCUGGGUGUGGUUUGUAGGGAAUGACCCAAGCAUGUGCUUUUAUUAUAUUUUUGGUGUGGUUCAUGAAUUCUAAGGUGCAUUUGAAAGCCAUUUUGACUAGCUAAGUCACAGCUGCUGAUAAGGGUGUGGGAGAGGGGAGUGUUCAGCUUUAAAGUCCCUGGCUUGCCGAGCCACGUGCUCUGGUGCGUCCUCUUCUCUGUCCCUCUCUGCUCCCUGCUGAUGUCUUUGAAUGUCUUCAGUGCGCACCUCUCUCUCGCUCUCUCUUUUUUCAGCGUCUCGUAGAUAGUACCGAAGUGGCAUUAGCAUUGUCCAAGUACACUGGGGUUGACCUCAAAAGUCGCAGUGAACUGAACUUUUUUUUUUUGCACUGUAUUCCGAAAUUGAGGAGGGAAUGGAGGGCCAGUUGCUCCAUAGACUAUGAUCUUUUUUUUUUUUUUUUUUUGAAUGGGCAGUAAUCUUAUGUAUGUGUGGGUGUGUACUGAGAUUUUUUGUGUAAAUAUGUAUGUGAUUUUGAUGGAAUAAAUGUUUACUUCAAUUAAA